AUGAACUCAGUAACGUGGGGACUGCUCGGUCUCAUUGGCAUCCUGGUGGCGGGAACUCUGGCGACUUCCCCGCAGCUCGGGUCCCGCAACCGGCAGAUCCACUCAAUCCGUCCGGUAAUCCCGCGAGUGUCCUCGCAAAUCGCUCCGCGGGUCCGUCAACGCUUUGAGGAGAUCAAAUUCAUUGAGCAAAGCUCUGACGAAGCACCGAGUGCUGGAACUUUUAAAGAGGUCCAGCCGGGUGGUUCCACGACCAGGGGCUCCCGGCAGCACAGCCCGCUCCACCAGGCGCAGGAGAGACGGAGGGCUGACAACGGAGCUGGUGGCACUAAUGCCGGGUUUUAUCGCUACCAGUCCUCCCAUCACCAGCCGCCAAAGAAAAGCCAGCCGCUCUCACAGCUGCAACACAAAGCGUCCUCCUGGCAGCCUGCCUCCAGCAGCCCUGCUGCAUCCAUCGGAGCUGACGCAGCAACAAGAUCCAACUGCAGAAAUCGUCCCAUAGACCUGGUCUUCAUCAUAGACAGCUCCCGCAGUGUGCGCCCUGCUGAGUUUGAAAAGGCCAAGGAGUUCCUGCAAGACAUGGUGGACAGCCUGGAGAUCGGCUCGGGCGCCACGCGGGUCGGCCUCGUCAAUUACGCCAGCACAGUACAUGUGGAGUUUCUGCUGAAGACCUAUUUCACCAAGUCCACCCUGAAGCAGGCGCUGGCCCGCGUCGAGCCCCUCGCCUCGGGCACCAUGACGGGCAUGGCCAUCAAGACUGCCAUGGAGAAAGCUUUCACGGCGGAGGCCGGGGCCCGAGCCAGCUCCGUGAACAUUGCCAAAAUAGCCAUCAUAGUGACGGACGGGAGGCCCCAGGACAAGGUGGAGGACGUAUCGGCCGCGGCCCGGGCAUCUGGGAUCGAGAUCUACGCGGUGGGUGUGGACAGGGCCGACAUGAUGUCCCUCCGCCUCAUGGCCAGCCCCCCACACGACGACCACGUCUUCUAUGUGGAGACCUAUGGUGUCAUUGAGAAGCUCACUUCCAAAUUUAGGGAGACCUUGUGUGGUUUGGAGUCAUGUGAUCAGGGACACAAUUGCCACCACAUUUGUGUCAACAAUGGCUACUCAUACGACUGCAAGUGUCGCAACGGCUAUGUCUUGAACCCAGACAAGAAAACAUGCUCACGUUCAGAUACAUGUGCCCAAGGACACGACUGCCAACAUAUUUGUGUCAGCACCGAUGACUCCUACAUCUGCAAAUGUCGUGAGGGAUAUCUGUUGAAUGCAGACAAGAAAACAUGCUCACGCAUCGGUUCAGAUGCUUGUGCGCAGGGACAUGACUGCCAGCACAUUUGCAUCAACAAUGGGAACUCUUACAUCUGUAGGUGUCGAGUGGGAUACGUGUUGAACAUGGAUCAGAAGACCUGCUCACGUUCAAAUGCAUGUGCACAGGGACAUGACUGCCAGCAGAUUUGUAUCAACAACGGUGAUUUAUACAACUGCAAGUGUCGAGUGGGAUAUGUGUUGAAUGCAGACCAGAAAACAUGCUCACAGGAAAUGAGAAGUGAAAUAACUCAAGACGCCUGCAUGUGUGAAGCCCAGAUUGUGUUCCAGAAAAAAGUGCAGUCAGCCAUUCAGGAGCUGAGCAGAAAACUUGAUGAACUUUCAGACAAAGUGAACCUGAUUGAGGGCCAACAGCACAAUUAAGGACAUCGAUGAAGACAUGUUCAGGACGAGCAUCUUUUGACCAGCGGAAGUCAUCUGUAACCCUCAAGAUUCGUCGUGCUUCAGUAAAAAUGUCUAAGAUUUGGUAGAGGUCUGUAUGGUAUUGAUUUCUCAUGCAGUACACUGAUUGUGUUAAUAUUUUAUAUCAUAAACAAGCAUUUUGCAUCCACAACACCGUAUGCUAUUGCUUCUUUCAGUAAAGUCGGGUAUAACUGGUGUAAACGUUUACAUAUACUGUACAGUGUACCUGUAUAUUUGUAAGAAAAGCUCCAUUUCUUCCUGGCAGUGUAAGCCAUUGAGUAUGGACUCAAAAUGUGUAAGAUAUAUAGGGAAAUUAUAGAAUAUAGAGAAGUGCAAACAUUAUGAUAAACAUGUUAAAAGUAUACUUUCAUUGAUUUUUUAUGUUUUUGGUGGAAAAGUUGUAUCAGAUCCUUGUUGUGUAUUCAAAGAUGCAAGAGCAUUUAUUGGUCAGAGUUCUUUGUUGAACACAAAGCUUCCAUCCAUAACCGUAACACAACAACUAAUCUCUUCUACAACAAGAGCAUUGUUGUUACCCCGAUCCAAUUGGCCUAUGGCAUGGUAACAUCACAGUGAAUUACUAUAAUCUCCUUCUUUGAUACCUGAAAUAUUGCAACAACUGUAUUGCACAAAAGGAAUUGUUUUGUUUUGUUUAACAGACAGGUACAAUUGUUUUAGUAAGAGAGGGAAAACUAUUUCGGGAGUUAUUGGACGGCGUCAAUACUUUGCACACUUGGCAAGUGUUGUACCAAAGUAUCUGGUAGCAGUCCUAGCAAUUAAAUACAAAUUUUCAAGUUUUGAAUAGUGAUAUUUUAAGUCAAGAUUCACCAAGUUUUUGCAUUCAGUUAAAACAGUAACAUUUUACCGCACAGCAUUUUCUUCAUACAAUACACAGAUGUACUGUAUUUUCUACUUUGUCAAUAGAACACGUGAAACCAAUUGAAAAGAGUAUUCGUGGUGCAGG